AAUUUAUUGAGAUCGACAAGAAUAUCCCGAUUGAAGACUUGGUAAACAAUCAAGAGAUAAUCAAUUUGGUUCUUCAGGAGAAUAGUGAAUCAUCAGAUAGUCCUAAUACUAAUGAGGAAGUAGAAAUACUGAAGAGCAUUUCAUACAGCGAAGCACACUCUGCCAUUCAGACAACACUAAUGUUUUUAGAACAAAAUCGUAAUGACAACAUAAAGGUGUUACACAAUUUCCUACCUGUGUAA